UGUUGUUCUCCUUCUUUCCUCCGUUUACUACCACUUCCUUUUUUUUUUCUUAUUCUUACUUCUUUUUUUUUUUGGAUAUCUAAAUAACAUCAUGCUCGCCACCACCGCACGUAUUGCUAUCCAGGCACGUCCUUUCAUUUCCCAGCGUUUCUACGCAACUGGCGCUGGUGCCUCGACCCUCUUGUUGGUAGAGCACAAGGACGGUCUGAUUGGCGGUGCUACUCUCAAUGCCUUGUCGGCUGCUUCCAAGCUCGGUGGAUCCAUCACUGCCUUGGUUGCCGGUGAUGCCCCCGAGGCCGUUGCCAAGCAGGUUGCCAAGUACGAUGGUGUCUCCAAAGUUCUCACUGCCACCGGUGCUGCCUAUGCAAACGGUCUCCCCGAGUCCUUUGCUCCUCUGUUGGUUGAGAUCCAAAAGGCCAACGGCUACACCCACUUGGUUACCGGUCACACUGCCUUUGGCAAGAACAUCUUCCCCCGUGCUGCUGCUCUUCUUGACGUAGCUCCUAUUUCCGAUAUCACUGGUGUCAGCAGUGAGGAUACCUUUGUUCGUCCUAUCUAUGCGGGUAAUGCUAUUGCCACUGUCCAGUCCAAGGAUGCUAUCAAGUUCAUCACUGUUCGUGGUACUGCCUUUGCUGCUGCUGAGGCCAACAAUGCCACCGAGGCUACUGUUGAGGCUGCCCCCACUGCCGAGACCUCGGAUGCCACCCAGUGGCUCGGUGAGUCUAUCCAGAAGAGUGACCGUCCCGAUCUUGGAUCUGCCAGCCGUGUCAUCAGUGGUGGUCGUGGAAUGAAGAAUGGUGAGAACUUCCAGCUUCUCUACGCUCUUGCUGACAAGAUGGGUGCUGCCGUUGGUGCUUCCCGUGCUGCUGUCGAUGCUGGUUUCGUUGAUAACUCCCUCCAGGUUGGUCAGACCGGAAAGAUCGUUGCUCCUGAGUUGUACAUUGCUGUCGGUAUCUCUGGUGCCAUUCAGCAUUUGGCCGGUAUGAAAGAUUCCAAGACCAUCGUUGCUAUCAACAAGGAUGCCGAUGCACCCAUCUUCCAGGUGGCUGAUUAUGGAUUGGUUGAGGAUCUUUUCAAGGCCGUUCCUGAGAUGACUGAGAAGCUCUAAGCUAAUAUUUAUACACAAACAUUAUACGUAUAUACAGGUGCGCGCGCGUACAUGCACACGCACCGAUACGUAUAUAUUUAUAUUAAGUAAAAUCUCAUUUAGACAGAACUCCAAAAGAGAAAUACAUACAUAUAUAUAUAGAGAGAGAGAGAGAAAAGCUUUAUUGACCUUAUUCUUCUCUUCUUUUCUCUUCUCUUUUUUCUUCUUUCUUUCUCUUUCUCUUCUUCUUCCUUUUUGUUUCAAUAAUCACCAUCAACUCCCCCACACUCUUCAAACAAACCAAACCAAACCAAACCAAAACAAUGACAACAAUCAACCAUGAUAUCAAUCUAGGAAAUUAACCAAAUAAUACUAGUUUAUGGGUGGGUGUUUUUGGAAGAAAUUUGGGAGCAUAAGACUUACAAAUGGGUUAAAUAAAAUAAGGAGUGAAUUUCUUUAAAGAAGUUCCCUCUUAUCU